GGGGGGGGAUGGUAACCAAGAACCGUAAAGGGUUCUUUGUUAUUUCUGUAUAAUCCUUUUUGGUUCCAGGUAGAACCUUUUUUUUGGGUUCCAGAACCUUUAACCAAAAGGUUCUUUUGAGGGUUCUUUGUUGGGUGAAAGAGUUCUGCCUGGAAGCAAACGGUUCUACAGGGACAGCAGAAGAAACCUUUAGGAACUCUUUUGAUGGAGUAUGCGUGUCUUUAAUAACAGACGGACCACGUCUUCAGUGCUAGUACUACUGACAGGCAUUGGAAAUGCACAGAUGAUGUAGCCUCACUGAAAUUACAGGCUUUACGGCUGGCUAACUGACGCUGGGUUUAAAGGAAGCAUCUUUUCCCGCCAGCCGUCUCUCACAAUGAUUCUUCUCUAAUAUGGCAUUCCAGAAUUGGCUGAUUUUUUGUUUUAAUUUUUGUUUUGUUUAAAUGUUAUGUUUGACUUUCCAUGGCUCAAUUUAUGGGUCAGUUCAAGUAUAAUAUUGUCUUUAGUCAAAUAUCCAGUUUGUAGUGUGUGUGAGUACAUCAUUUUUAUUUGUAUUGGAAGUAGAAAUAUGUGGAACAGAGCUGCGGUUAGCACUGUGAUCAUUCCACUACUACAAACUCCUUAUUAAACUAUGGCUGAGAUUUAAAGUGUCUAUAAUUUGUCCAGACGUAACAUUUUAAACUUGCUACUUGUCUGUUGUGUUUAGUUAAAUCUGGGUGGGCCCAUGUAGUCUGUUUUCAUCCCAAAUGGCAAUAUUCCCUAUAGUGCACUACUCUUGACCAGAGCCCUAGUCAAAAUGGUGCACUAUACUGGGAAUAGGGUGCUAUUUGGGACUCACCCUGUGUAUCCUGUUCCCAUCUCCUUUCUAUUGAGGCAUGAUGUGAUUGCUGACAUCCAGUAACAUGACCAUUUAUCUCAGGAAGGCUGUUUAGAUUUCAAUAAUACCAUAAACAUAUGAAAUUAAUCAUUAUCUGACUUAAAGUAAAUGUUUUUUUUAAAUGAAAAGAUUGAAAAGCCCUUUGAUGUAACAUUACAUCGUUUAACUUGCGAUGGAAAGAGAGCUGUGAUCUGACCUACUCUGUAAAUGCAUAUACACCUGUAUGUUAUCAGUAGGCUUUUACUCUUGGCAGGUUCAAUGUUUGAAGAUAAACCACUUGAUGGGGUUUUUGAAGCUAUGGUUUGUGUUGACUGUGCUGUUGGAAACAGUGCUGAGAUUUAAAUCAGUCUUUGUUUGUUUCAAGCUCUUGGUUAGAUUAGUCUUCUACAAAGGUCUAUCUAUAUACACAUACACAAUGUGUAACACGAUCUAUCAGGAAGACUUUACACAAUGAAUAGCAUUAAAUGACUUACAACUUGUUUCUAUCUGAAAGAAAGCAUAUGAUUUAUCCUGUUUAUAUAAAAGUACACACACAGCAAAGAGCGAUAGGAAGAGAGUGGACACACAAAAGCCAACCUCUUAAAUAUAUUCAUAUAGGUGAAUAACGGGGGCAAUAUCGGCAUGUAAAACUGUGGAUCUGUUACUGGAGAGUGACGCCUCUUGCCGUAAAGUUUGCAUUGAUGCACCAUAUUUUUACAUGAAGAGUAGUGUGAAAGUAGACCUAUCAUCAGCUGUGAUCAGCGCCUUUGCUCAGAGGGAAUGUUUUCUUGAUGUGUGACACCUAAUGUGCCUAAUGAAUGUGUUGGCUCCCUGGUAAUCCGUUUAAUACAGUCUACAAAGUCACUUAUCUCCUCUUCCAUUAUGCGCGUGCCAAUUAUCAGUCGUUUCUGUGUCCCGGUCACAUCUCCAAAGGGCUCUCUCCCUCUCUAUUUGGAUAACUAGAUCCGCGAGACACCCCCUCUUAAGCAUCACUCCUCUCUUCAACAGUGUAGAAGGUGUGAAGACGUGCGUAUCCGAACCAGUGCGACUCAGACACUGAUUGAUUUGGACAAACCUGCGUUGUGGAUAGUCGACUGACUUCAAUUGGAUAAUGGAUUAACGCGUCAGAGAUAACGCAAACAGGCUAUUCUCAACUCCAGAUGUCAAUGUAUUGGAAGAAAGCACUCACCCAUCCAUAAGGAAGUGUACCCAACUCUUUUAACCUAGUUGAAUAAACCGUUCCCCGGUGCGCACUGAGAGAGUGCGUGGGUGUGUGUGUCUUUUGUACUUAUAGCCCAAGUUGGUCUGGUUAAAUGGGGAGGCUUGAAGAACCUAGACAUUGACCUAGACGCAACAUACAGGCAGGCAGACAGACAGUGAAAGGAUAAAUCAGUCGCUUUGAGAGUCGGAGUGGUCAGAGUUGCGUCGAAGUGCGGCAGAGGGAUAUGGAUUGUGCGUCGGAUGCCAUCGGACAUCAGCGCGCAUCUCUAUCAAGAGGAAGACUCUAAAGCUGUUGUUGCUGGUCGAAUAGGUGACCUGCUCGUAAGGAAACAAGUUCUGGAAAAGAGAAGCUCUGAUGAGGACAGAAAACAACGUUUAUCUCGCUACGUAAAGAAUAUACAAUUUAGGGAUAGAUUGGAGACUUCAAAUUACUUUUUAGUUGUCACUUCAAUGGAGAAAAUGAUUCAAGUCGGAGGGAGAUGUCUGACAAUAUUGAUGAUCUUUUUAGUACUUUUCGUUGGAUUGGUGAUGGGCUUUCCCACCAAACAGCACAACAAACUGCAUAACGGCGUGUCUUUGGAGGCUCGUGCUCAGUCGCCCGUCAGUGGGGUCCAUCGUGGACUGGAGGCCCUGGAGCAGCAGAACCAGGUCCAGAGCCUCCUUCCCCCUGACACGGAGCACCGCCACAAGAGGAGGUGGUCUCACUCUCAGCAUCGCUCCGUAGGGGUUCUGCCCCAGCCUGAGCCGGAGGAGGAGAUGAAACCCUUCGUUCUGGACCUCAAGAACUUCCCUGAGCUCGCCAACGCAGACAUCAGCUCUCAGAACCCCAACAUCCAGGUGACCAUUGAGGUGGUGGAUGACCCUAACAUAGAAGUGGAGAUGGAUCUGGUAAAGGACAAGGACUGGAUCCCUCCUUCCUCCCCGUCCACUGUAGACUGGCUGGGCGGUAAGAAGCUGUUCUGGCCCCUGUUCUGGGGCUACACAGACGCUGACUCCAGUGAGGAUGGGACGGGCCGCUCAGGACUGGAGGAGACUGAAGAGGAGGAGGGGGAGGAGGAGGAUUACCUGUUGGAGUACGGUAGUGAGGAGCCCCUCCCAAGUGGAGUGGGGGGAGACUGGGACAGUCGUUGGAACGAGGGUUGGGACGCCACUCAUAGCUACUAUGAGGAGGGGACGGAGGAGUGGAGCGCCUGGUCUCUGUGCUCAGUCACCUGUGGUCAUGGAGAGAGGACGAGGACACGGUCCUGUGGUUACAGCUGCACCCUGACAGAGGCCACCAAAUGUGACAUGGAGCCUUGUCCAGACGAUGUCAACACAGUGGCUGAACCUUUCCCCUUCAAGAUGGAGAACGGAACUGAACCGUUUGGCACAGAUGUGGACACAUGUGAGAAGUGGCUGAACUGUAAGAGCGACUUCCUCCAGAGAUACCUCAACCAGGUCCUGUCAGAACUACCCAGCUGCCCCUGUGCCUACCCCUCGGCCGUCGCCUACACCGUGGUCAGCGUUUUCGACGAGGGACACGACCGGACCUUCCGUUGGCAUGAUGCCAGUGGCCCUAAAGAACGCCUGGACAUCUACAAACCCUCUGCGAGGACUUGCAUCCGCUCGGCCCUCUCUAGCGAUGUCGCUACGCUCGGCGCCCAGCACUGUUGCUACGACGACCGUGGCUGUCUGAUCACACGGGGUAAGGGUGCGGGAACGCCCAACCUGAUCAGCACGGAUUUCUCCCCGGAGCUCCACUUCAAGGUGGACGUGCUUCCCUGGAUCCUGUGUAAAGGGGACUGGAGCCGCUUCCACGCGGUGCGGCCGCCCAACAACGGCCUGGUCUGCCCAGAGAACCCCCACCAUGACGUGUUCAUGAACGAGCUGGAGGAGGCCCGGGAAUACUGAGAACACACACAGCAGCCAAAACUACACUACCCAGAAUUAAUCCGUACAGUGGGGCCCAAUCCUAACUUGAGAAGGGAGCGCGUGUAGGACUGUUUUGCAUAGCUUUCUGCAUUUUGCAUAUAAGGAGGUAUGGCGGUUGCAAGGUUGAGGUGCAAGUUGAUUUCAAGUUAGGAUUUGGCACAUUAAACACCCUGUGACCAGACCCAACAGAACAGAACUGAACUUCAUUGAACUGAACAACAACUAAAAAGACGCAGUCCUGUCAAUGCUUGCCGACGUGUUUCGCAUCCAGCAUGGUACCAAGCUCUCUGUCUCUCUCUCGCUGUCUGUCCCUUAGUCUGGUAUGCACUUCUGUCUGUAUGUAAGCAUGACAUUGUCGUCUAGCCUGUUGGUGGCUUGUUGUAGGUGUUGUGGCUCUGUGUGACUGACGAUAGCAACAUAAACAUCCCAAAUGUACUUCCUGAUUUGAUUUUGCUGUGUGAGAUGUUUGAUACUGUAGUAAGUCUUAUUUUGAAAAGGGGAUUGUGGAAUGUGUCAUGCCCAUCACAUGAAUAUAGUCAUAACUAUGCUGCUAUGAGAAGAUUAAGUUAGAUAGGUACUGGAGGGGGAUAUAUGAUUGAACAAACAUGAAUUUGCUGAAAGGUUAUUCUUAAAAAAUAUAAUCUAAAGCUGAGGAGAGAAUUUGGUCUAAAGAAAGAAGUUUACAAGCACGAACAACCACACCCAGCACCUCAUGCUCAUUCUUGAUAACAUGCCAACAGAACAACUUCUUAGAAGCUUGGAGGUGGAGACAGUCAUCUGGUCUGGACUGAACUUCUCGUCCUCUGUUUCAACAAUGACACUUUGAGAACCUUCAAUCAUGGAUGUUUCUACAGUUUUCUCAGGGGGACUCAUAUUGUUAGAGAUUAUAGCCCAUAUGUACCUCAACAGUGGAGCAGCAUUGGGAACCACUACUUCAGAGUGCACUUCAAAGUGCACUUCGGACUGUACUUCAGAGCGCACAUUAAAGAUGAGAAUGGUACCUGUUACGGAAACGAAAAAGUUGGAUCUACAGUGUAAAUGGAUGAAGAGCGGAUAAAUACAGUAUUAAUUCAGAUAAAGUUAUGAAAUGAUGCCCUUUGUGCGGUUUUUGGCAAGCCAUUUUUUCUGUCAAUGUAAUUAAAGUUGAAUAGCUGUUCUAUUCCAUUGCGAUAUGUUGCAUUGUUUUUGCAAAGACUUCAUAGGAGUGGGAACUGUUGGCUUGAAGUCUUAACAUUUAUGCUCCAAACCUCUUUCAGGAAUUCUUUUUUUUUUUUUAUGUGUGCAAACAUGCAUUACAUUUUGAAAUCACAUGUUGUUGUUUUUUUAAAGGAAGGCACUUUAUUUAAGGUAUAUAUAUAUAUAUACAAAUGAUGGCAUGUAUGAAAAUCAAAUGUUUAUAUGUUAUAAUGUUAUAAUUGUGAAAGGGUAACUUGCCAGAAAUGCUGCAUUGUUCAUUUGUAAAGUAUAUUAUCAUGUGAGUUUCUGUUUAAAAGCAUGGUUGAUAUUUUGUGAUUUCUUAAACUAGUAUAACUAUACUCAUAGAAAAAAAGGUGCUAUCUAGAACAUAAAAGGGUUCUUUGGCUGUCCCCUUAGGAGAACUCUUAGAAUAACCCUUGUUCGUUCCAGGUAGAAUCCUUUUGGCUCCAAGUUGAACGGUUUUGGGUUCCAUGUAGAACCUUUUCAACAGAGGGUUCUACAUGGAACCCAAAAUGGUUCUACCUGGAACAAAAAAGGGUUUUACCUGGAGCCAAUGAGGGGUGUCCUAUGGGGGACAGCUGAAGAACCCUUUUGAAACCCUUUUUUCUAAGAGUGUACCAUAUUGUCUUGUACAGUAUUUAUUGUCCGUUUUUUUUAAGUCUGCUAAAGCUUUGAAAUGACUCAACUAAAACCCACAUGGUGCACUACUAGGGUUGCAAAAUUCACAACAUUCACUUUCCCAAAAUACCCAGGUAAAAAAAAUCCUGCCUGGAAUAUUUCUGGAAUCAGCAGGGCAUAACCUGCGAGGGAAUCAUCCAACCUGGAGUUCUUCAACUGGGAUUUCUGGAAAAAUCCUGGAAUUGUUUCGGGAAAGGUUCUGGAAUCUUUAAAACCUACUUCGGACUGAGACACUCUGACACCCCGGUGACGUCAGAAGGGAAACGACCUGCCUCACAUGAUAUGACCACUCCAACAGCAACUCCAUCAAGUGUCUGUAUCGUUUUAUCAUUUUGUUGUACUUCUGUGCUAUGAAAAUAUGUUGUGACAAAUACAAUGAGGAAUAUAAAGACGUUUGCAUUGAU